AGCGCCAGCCACUGUCUCCCCAGCUCCUGCGGAUCCCAGUUGGGCAGUCACCCGCGCCUUUGGGGCAGAUUCUCCGCUUCUAUUGAAGGGUAAAUCUGGACACUGUUAAUUUAUUUGGCCAGAAAUCCAAGUGGAAGUGAGUUUUAUUCUCUUGGAACUCAUCAUGAAUUUCAUGCAGCUUGAAGAGAACACGUCAUUCGGUGCUACAGGAAAAGACCAGAGUUCCAGGCCUGAAGUUUCAAAGGAUAUUGUCAUGCAGCAAGCAUGUUCUGGCACAUCUGGUGAUCAAUCUCUAGCUGACAUUCGAGAAUGUAACAGCACCAUUAAACUUAAAAGUGAAGUCAGUGAGCAUGAAAUAUCCCCUAAAAGUCAGAACGCACAUGUGCGCACCAGUAAAGAAUGUUGUUUCACCUUUACUUUGCAUGAACGUUCCACGAAGUCAGACCGUAGUGUGUUUACAGCAUAUGGUGGAAUCAAUGACAGUAUCUACUCUGUUCUGAGAGAUGAUGACUGUUUCAGUGGGUGGAAGAAGAAUAGUUUUAAAAAGAACAUUAUUGUUUACGAAGAAAAAACAAUAAAAGGAUAUGUAAAUUUAGGAAUGCCUCUGAGAUGCCUGCCUAGAGGUUCUCAUUUUAAAAUAACAUUUGGUCAAAGAAAGAGUAACCAGGAAGAAGAUGAUCAGAUACUACGCCAGUGUGAAGAUCCAAACACUGAAUGCAUUGUUUUUCACGUCGUUGCUAUUGGGAAGAACAUAAAGAAGAUUGUCAAGAUCAUGGAACUUCAUGAAAAAGGAACUACACUUUGUGUCUAUGCCUUGAAGGGUGAGACUAUCAAAGAAGCCCUAUGCAAGGAUGGCCGAUUUCGGUCUGACCUAGACACAUUUGAAUGGAAAGUAAUGGAAGGUCACCAGAAAAUUUACGGAAAACACUCCAUGGUGGAUAAAGUAUCUGGAAAAACCUUAGAAUUGGACAUUUCUAAAAGACAAUGUGUCAGGAAAGGUACCCCUAAAAAAAUUAAACGGAAGGAUGAAAAUGCCACUGAUGAAAUCAGUCCCCAGGAUUUGAUACAGUCUAAGAGCAAAGUCCAUGAACCAGAGGAUGAUAGUGAGACUGAAGAUGUUGAACACAACAGAGAAAAAAUUCUCCCACCUCAGAGUCUAGGGCAGGAUAUUGAGGAUAAGAAAUACCGGACAACUUCCAAAAUUAAACAUUAUUACAAUAAUAGUUUCUACAAAAAAUAUAGGGGGAGAAACCCACAAAUUAGGCCAGGGCUCCUUCUGGGUAUGCAAUAUGCUGUUAAUCGGGCUAUCCAGAGGGAAGCAGCUCAUCUCUGGGAAAAGAAUUUACAAAUGUUGAACAAAGUUAUGAUGCAUCAAUAUCCAAAUUUUAAUGAAGAGGCACUUUGUGUGCGAAAGUAUUUUCAGGGAGAACAGAAGAGAAUGCAACUGCCGACGUUUAAACAAUUCAACAUAUAUAAAAAGUCCUUUGGAAAAGUGACCGAAAAUUCUACUUCAGUUGCAACCUGUGAACGUCUUGUUCAUCUCAGUAAGUCAGUUGGGUUCAUGAAAUGGGACAAUAAUGGAAACAUAGGCAGUGCUACUUGCUUUGUCAUCAACAAUGGUUUUAUUUUCACCUGUCGACAUGUUUUAGAUCUCAUGGUGGGAGAAGGUACAGAUCGAAGUUUGUGGCCACAUAUAAUAAGCAAAUAUGCAAAGGUCACUUUCACAUAUAAAGAGUUCUGCCCUACUGAUAUGUGUUGGUUUUCCAUGGAGGCGUGGUUUGUGGUGUCUGAUGAAACUCUCGAUUAUGCCAUUUUAAAACUAAGGGCAAAUGGAAAUGGAUUUCCUCCAGGCCUACUUGGACAAGUUUCCCCUCAACCGUCCAGUGGUUUGCUUUAUUUAAUUGGUCACCCAGAAGGCCAGAACAAGAAAAUAGAUGCUUGUGCUGUGAUUUCUCUAGAGCAGCGGCUGAAGAGGUACCCAGGUUAUCAAGAUGAGGCAGCAGGACCCAGUGAUACCACUCAUAAUGCUUUGCCUAUGUUCACCCAGAGAAGCUUCCUAUCACAGGCUUGGAGCACGAACACAAUUAGUUACGAUACUUAUUUUUCUAGUGGGUCCUCUGGCUCUCCAGUGUUUAAUGCAUCUGGUAGUUUGGUUGCUAUGCACUCCUUUGGGCAUUUUUAUAAACGUGGAGGUAGUGUGUAUGCCCUUAUUGAAUUUGGCUAUUCUGUGGAUUCAAUUCUUUGUAAUAUUAAACAGAACAAUGAGCACUUGUACCAAUUAUUAACAGAAGAAAAAAAUGAGAACCACAAUGAAGAGAAAGAUAACACACAAGUGUCGUCACUUCAAGAUCAUCAGAUUGAACCCAUGGAACAUUAAGGAAAUGAUGCUGCUUUCAAAAAAAAUAUGCUAAUAAUUUAAAGCAUUUGGGGCUGUUUCUUUAAAGUAUAAUGAAUAUUAUUGCUCAAUCAGAAAACUUACAGAAGAUCAUGUGGGUGUACAAAACACAUAUUAGAGCUCAA